AUGUCGUUCAUGGGCUUCGGAAGACCCCAGCCCUCGUCGGCCGAGAAGAUCGCCGCCGUCGAGGCCGAGAUGAAGCUCCUGACAGAGAUGCACAACCGCCUGACAAAAGCCUGCGCCAAGAAGUGCGUCCCCAACGAUUACCGGGAAGCCGAUCUCAACAAGGGCGAGAGCGUCUGCCUCGACCGGUGCGCGGCCAAGUUCUUCGACGUCCACAUGAAGGUCUCCGAGCACCUGCAGCAGGAGUCGCAACAAAGAGGGAGCGGCGGUGGUUUCGGGUUUGGUGGUUAG